AUGGUCUUUAACAAGAAGUAUGCCUUGUUUUUGAAAGCUGUGGCAAAGUUGUUCAUAUAUUCAACCCAAUGAAUAACCACAACCUUUUUUUACAACAAACGAUAAAUUUUUCAUUGAUGUCUUUGUCAGAUGAUCUGGAUGAGUUGGAAGUGUAUGGUAAAGAAGAACAAUCUGGGGUGAAGUUAACAUCAUACACAUUUGAAAAUCUUAGCGGGAGCAAAACGUGGUCAUGAGUCACCAUUGCAUAAUUGUCACCAUUCGUACAACUGCGAGCGGUAUGAAUGCAGGCACGAUGGCGUUCUUACGAAAGGAAAAUCCGGAAGCCAUAGUGGUACUCAGUGAUUCGGAUGAAAACGAAGAGAAUGAAGAAAAGAAAAUUCCAAAUAAAGUACGAAAGAUGGAAGAAGAUACAGAAAACAUGCCUCUGUUAAUGGAUAAAGACAAAAGCUUAAAAACAACAGAAGAUAUGGACCAUUGUACUAUCCUAAACAUCCUACUUGAAAACCCGGAAGAAUUAGAUUUGAAACACAAGCCCUCUGCUAUAAGGGAGGAUAAGAUUUUUACUCUCGAUCAGAGGGUGAUACCCAUAGCUUCUGCAGAAGCAGAUGAUAACGGAGCAUACCUUUCCAAAGGAAAUGCAAAGCGCUACUACCAAUACAGCAGUACUUCCGGGUCUCGUACAGUCCAUUUGGAAAAUGGGUUGUUCUUUGCCAAUAGAAAAGCAGCGAAAGGCUACAAAAAGGAUUAUGUUCCGCCGGAGGAGGUUUAUGAACUUACAAGACAUUACAAAACGAACAAAGCCAACCCGUCAUUUUCAAGGACUUUUGUCACAGUUAAAGCAGUCAAUGAACGAGAACCAAAGCCUUGGUAUUUGGUCAUGUAUAAGUGGGCAGGUGGAACUAAAGAGUUUAUCUUACAGCGCCAUGGUAACGCCAUGAAACCUACGGUAUCAGCCUAUUUCCGGAAAGAUCCUGUAGUUUCUGAGACGAUUGACGAGUAUCUAGACCAAGGACUGUCUAUUGAUAACAUAUACGCUACAAUGUCAAAACAAGUUUGUCAAACUGUCAGUGAAACUAUCUCAGGACCAAAAAUGAUAGAAAACCGAAAGUUCCACAAGAAAGCAUCUGAAGAAACACGGGAUACUGCUGAGAAGCACAGCGAAGCGGAAUCGUUGAUAUCGAGCCUUAAGAGCGUAUCAAGCAUAAAUACUGUGUCCUUUACGAAAACACAAUACUCAUGUGUAAACAUUCCUGAACAUGUGCUAGAGGAUGUACACAGAUUCUGUGUACUUGGGAACAGUAUAUUGCAAGUGGACACAACCUUCGAACUAGUUGAUGGUUUGUGGCUUACAGACACCACUUUCAGUCACGAGGCCCUGAUAAACCACCGAAAUGGAAAGCACCCUGAAUUUCCGGGCCCUAGUUUCUGGCACUUUAAGAAGGACCGCGAAACCUAUCGCAGGUUUGCAGGUGAAUUAGCCAUUGCCAAGCCAGAACUACUUAAAAUCAAGAAGGUUGGUCAUGACCUCGACAAGGCAAUAGCCAAAGGCAUGACAGAUAUUUUUGAGGAGGCUCAAAACGUGUGGUGCACACAACACAUGAAAGAACGAGAUGCCCAAAAGCUGAAAACAAUGGGAUGUAACGAAAGCACACAGAGGAGAAUUAUGGCUGACAUCUACGGAUGUCAACAACAGAUACUACUGGAAAACGGUCUAGCCGACUCAGAAGACCCAGCUGACUAUGAAGCAAAGCUAGCGAGCUUGAAGGACGUCUGGGAUGGCCUGGUCCCAGGUUUUUAUGAAUGGUUUGACAAGCACCGCUCUGAAAAAUUCAAGACUUGCCUCAUUUAUUCAGCUCGCCAAGAACUUCGGCUAGGCGGGCGUUUCUAUACCAACGGGCUUGAAUUGAAGCAUAAGCUACAAAAGAAACGCUUGCGGGAGAGCGAAGUGCCAAAAGAAGUUGCCAAAGUGACCGAAACACUGGAAGGUUGGACCAAGGAAUUCUACGCAGAGGAGGAAAGGGCCCUAAGAGGUUUGGGAAAAUAUCGCCUUGCUCCUGGAUAUGAACACUUCCUGGUCGAUCCCGUCGCCUGGAAUAAAUGGGGUCCCCAGCGACAGGCGCAGCAUUUGUCUAGUUUUCGGCAAUUCACACCCAAAUCUUACAACACUUACAAGAAGCCGAGUGCUGCUGGUCUCAAGGCAGCUCCUUCAAAGAAAGUACGAAGAUGCAAUCUUCCAGAGCCGGAGCUAUUUCUAACUAGAACAGAUCCAGAGCCUCAAGUGGUGACUCCCUUGCGACUCUACAAAGGCGCCAAUAAUAAUCAGUGGGAGGUAAUUGUAACUCUUUUUCCCUUACUUUAA